AUGGAUAUCGGUCAGCUCGACUUGCAGCCUGCAGAUGAAAACUACAGUAAUCCAAACACUUGCCUUUUUCAUGUUCUCUUCAAGGCUGCGGCUUUGGCAUUUUACAUUCUCUCUGCCAUCUUUAUAGAUAACUUUGUCAUUAUUUUUGUGGUGACUGUCCUUCUGGCCGCACUUGAUUUUUGGGUGGUCAAGAAUGUGAGUGGGAGAAUUUUAGUUGGUUUGAGGUGGUGGAAUGAAAUAAAUGAUCUGGGUGAGAGUGUUUGGAGAUUUGAAUGUCUUGAUCAAGAGUCAUUGGCCCGGAUUAACAAGAAAGAUUCAUGGCUUUUCUGGUGGACGCUUUAUCUUACAGCAAUUGCAUGGAUUCUGCUGGCUAUAUUCUCACUCAUAAGGCUUGAAGCUGAUUACCUCCUAGUUGUUGGAGUUUGUUUGACCCUCAGUAUUGCAAAUAUUGUUGGUUUUACCAAAUGCGAAAAAGAUGCUAAGAAGAAGAUUCAACAAUUUGCCUCUCGGACAAUUGUCUCACGGGUCUCAUCUACAUUACAGUCAGCAUUCAGUGUUGUCUGA